UUUUGUACCUUUGAGUGUAGUGUAAAUUAAUUUAAAUAAUAUUCAUUAUAUUGAUGUUUUACUCGUGUGUGCGCGGUAAUAGUUAUCUCAUUGAAGGAUACAGAGAUUAUCUUAGAUUUAAGUAGUAUACUUGGUAGCAUUUUGUACAUUCAUUUUGACUAUGUAUCACACUAUGUAUCCACCACAAAUAAUGGUGCAGAUAAUGGGUGGCCAACAGGCAAAUGGACAGUGUCCACCAGUUCAAACACAUGCAAUGCACAUUCAUGGUACAAAUGCAUUCCACCAGACUGAAUAUACAAAGUAUCAUCCAGAUGCUUGUACGCAAAGUAGGCACCAACUAAUACAGACAGGAUCUUACCCGUUAGAAUUGUUACAACUGAUGGGUGUGGAAAUACCAUCUUUGCGGCGUGUAGAAUAUAUGCAGUCAAAUAGUGGCACACCCUUGGGAAAUUGGCAGAGGCAUGUGAACACAUCAAAUAAUUCACCUAUUAUACCAUCCCCACAUAUUGCGUUUAGACCAAACAACAAUGGUUUAAUAAAGAAGUCAAAUUGGUAUAGUAAACUUGGUAAAAGAACUUCGUAUAGAGAUUCCUUUGGGAACAAUGAAAAGUACGGUAGUGAUAGUGGUUUUAGUUCUCGUUCUCCAACUCCAAAUAAACAUCAGAUUGAUAGUAGUCAAACGGAAAGUUCGGAUGAACGAGAUUCUGUAGUUUCUUCUGUUGAACAAAGUAUUAAGAAAUCGAACAAACUUCAUUCAAAUAGUGUUGUAGAUAAUAAUAGAGUAAUGCAAUGUGGUAUAAUUUCAAAUACUCCUUCUCAUCAAUUCUAUCAAAAUCAAAGACACGUUAAUUGUUAUUCUACUGCAAUGUCCACAUCUAGGUCUCAAGUACAGAAUUAUCAGAAUAAUCAGAAUAAAAGAAGAUAUCAGUCAGGAAGAAAUAGUCCACCACCUCAAAGACUGCAACGAAGCAAGAAAUAUGUAGGUCUAUUGUCGCCAAAUUAUAGUACAUUUCCUAGGUAUGGAAUUGCUCCGGAUCGUUUCCUUGCUAGAUCGCACUUAGUUGAAGUAACUCGCACGCCGGACGAACUACUCAAUGGAUCAAUUUGGGAUAAUCUCUCGAAAGAUAUUUGGUCAAAGUUUAUGUUGAAUCAACAAACUGAAACUGUUUAUAGAAACAAAAUGAUGCUGUGGAGAUAUCUCUAUGUUUACAUUAAAACCGCAUUUCCAAAGUAUGGUUUAUUUUUGGUUGGAUCGACGAUGAAUGGGUUUGGGUCGGAUAAUAGUGACGUUGACAUGUGCCUUUUGGUGCGGCAUACAGAGAUGGAUCAAAGGAAUGAAGCUAUUGGACAUUUAGAACAAAUAUUAAAAUGUCUUAAGAGAUGCGAUUUCAUAGAACAGCUGGAACUUAUACAAGCAAAGGUACCGAUCCUAAAGUUCCACGAUUCGAUAAAAAAUUUAGAAGUGGAUUUAAAUUGCAACAAUGCCGUCGGUAUUCGGAACACUCAUUUACUCUACUGUUACUCCAGAAUCGACUGGAGAGUGAGGCCAUUGGUUCUUGUGGUCAAACUUUGGGCACAGUCUCAAAAUAUUAACGACGCCAAAAAUAUGACAAUAUCGAGUUAUUCUUUGGUCCUUAUGGUUAUUCAUUUCCUACAGUGUGGUGUUAAUCCACCGGUGUUGCCUUGCUUACACUCUCUUUACGAGGGUAAAUUCACACCACACACGGAUAUUCAUUGCAUAGAUAUCCAAGAAGAAUUAGACAUUCCAACUUCUGUUCAUCGACCUAAGAAUCGUCAGCCGUUAGGGGAACUACUGAUUGAAUUUUUUAAAUAUUACGUCAUGUUUGAUUUCAAUCAGUACGCGAUAUCCGUGCGGUUGGCUAAUAAAAUACCUAUAGAAGAAUGUCGAAGGGCGAGGUCCUACAAAAAUGAUCCUCAUCAGUGGAAAUAUUUGUGUAUCGAAGAACCAUUUGACCUAACUAAUACCGCGAGAUCGGUUUACGACCCUGAUGUGUUCGCGAGGAUCAAACGUGUGUUCGAUCGUACGUACCAGAACUUGAAAGAACGUCACGACCUAGCCAGGAUAUUCGUUAAGGUGGAUUCCACUGCAUCGUAUAUCGUUACGUAACCAUCAUUCGCAGGCUAGUAUAGAAAUGUUUAUUAGCUAGGAUAAUUUCGUGCGGGAGAGCAAUUUAUUUUUGCAAUGGGCCUCGAUCAACGUAAUCAGGAGGCGACUCAAAUGAUAUCCUUGCCACCGAUGUACGAGUGCAAUGUGGUAGUCUUCUACGCUUACCUCGAGCGAACAUGCUCGUAUCUUGUGAUAAUAGCCAACGCUUGUAUGCAAUGGCUCACCUGUUACGUUUCUAUCGUCCAAUUUUUUCUCUUGUUUCGUUUCCGUUCAAUAUUACCCUUUUGAAACGAUUUAUAUUAACCUGCGUUUAUGUACGGAGCGAAAAAAGUAAUAUGUCGACUGAAACCUUUAUACAUUCGUAAAGAUCUCAACUUUUUCUUUUAAACAAUAUGUGCAACAGUUCUCAUGAUUUCGGAAAAACCUUAAACCGGAGGUUCAAUACGAUUCUAUUUUCGUGUCCUCCACGAUAAAAUUUGAUUUUGUUUCAAACAUAAGAACACAGUGCCUUACGAUUGUCGAGAUAUUAAAUUCAAUUGUUAAAUUGCACAUAGCUUCACGAUAACUAUAAUGAAAAUAUUUCAGUUUUUCUUGACAAUUACUUAUAGUAAAGAUGAAUAUUGUUAGCCCAACACAUCGAAGUAAAAUUCUACAUCUAAGUAUUGAAGAACGAUACGUCAAUGGAUGUUCGUUAAAACCAGAGAUAUAUUCAUAUACACGAAAAGAAGUACUUACUCUGAAUUGAAUCUCGUAAUAACAUUGAUUUUACUUUUAAAAAUCGAAAAAGAUAUCUCAUCGAGAUAAUGAAAAA